CACUCAACUAACCAUGCAAAUGAAAAAUACAACAAUAAAAUUUUUUACCUCUAGACACGACUGAUCCUUGCGCCAACAUGGUGACAGAACAGGACCCUUUUUGCAGACAAGGGGAGGACUCGGAGUCGUUGAGUCAGAUGAAGAAUGAUGCAGGAAAAUGUUUCCAGCAUUACCAGGACAAUGCUGUAGAGACACAUCCCAAUAAUGACAAUAAAGGCAAUGGGGCAGAGGCUUGCCCCCAUGAUGCUCAGGAAGACACGACUGAUCCUUGCGCCAACAUGGUGACAGAACAGGACCCUUUUUGCAGACAAGGGGAGGACUCGGAGUCAUUGAAUCAGGUAACCUACAGUUUCAAUGCUACAAUAAAAAAAGGCAAGGUGUUAAAUGAAUUAUCAAAAUAUUGGUAAGGCUGAGAAAAAAAAGUGUGUUUCCUGUAACCUGACAUACCCUAAUUUUUACACACGACCCUUCAACUUUUUAUUCCACAUCUGGAUUUGGAAAUGUACUUCUCUGCGCAUGCAUAUUUUUCAUGCAGUAUUUAUUAAAAUGCAUACCUGCAUCAUAGGAUGUGUCUGUUCUUGUACUUUAAAGAGUUCACAUUUGUUUUGUUGCAUGUUUUUAUUUAUAUGUGUAUGUAUAUUGACAAAAGACAAUGUAUUUAAAAUAAAUAGUAAAAAUAAAAAAAAGUUCUUGCCUAACUACCUACUCUAAAUAUUGUUGUCAUGUUACCAGCAACGCAACUAUUUUUUUA